UCUCGUCAAGCGAUUGGUUACGAUAGCUGUCAAUCACCAUAACACAACGUUGUUGCUAAGGCCUGGGAGGCUGUAGCCGCGUCGGCCAUAACGGGCCAUUGGCAGAGUUCAAGUUUGACUCCAUCGAACGUCGACCAAUAAGGUCCCGAUAAUCUUCGUCACGCAAUUUUAUUUGAUUGACAGCGACGCCAUCCUACCCUCGACCGUCCUAGUUGCACAACAAGGCGGUUGUUCUUGACUGACAGCGCCUUCGUCCAAUCACCGUUCACUUGUUAAAAAUGAAGGUCGUGUCUCCUCUGUGAUUGGCCGAAGGCGUCCCCUGAAGGAGGAGGGGGAGGUUUGCAAGAGUUGAUAUGUCCACCAUCUUGAAAAGUCGCCUAUACUGCUGAGCAAUUUUCCCGCCUGACUGGAUUGGGGUAUUUUAGCUUUUAAGGCAGGCGAGUGUUCUCUACAGAUUUCAUGUUAAUGUAGUCAGGACAUCCUGUAAUGGGCCAGAAGCUGAAGCAACUAAGAAUUGUUUUAUUUUCUUAAAAUUUUUAGCUAAUUUUAACAGGGCGUCCAGCUUUCAGUUGGAAUUUGAUGGACUAAUCUUCUUUGCCUCCACCUGUCCCCGUUGAAUGAGAACCCCCUAAUGUCAUCUUGCCUCGAGGAAACAUUCUGACCUUGCACAGUAACAUGUUUGCAGCACCAAGUAUGUUUUGGAAGUUCGACCUGCAUUCUUCAUCUCACAUAGACACCCUCUUAGAAAGAGAUGAGGUGACACUAAAGGAGCUUAUGGACGAGGAGGACAUUUUGCAAGAAUGCAAGGCCCAGAAUCGUAAACUUGUGGAGUUUUUAUUAAAAUCUGAAUGUUUGGAAGAUCUGGUAACUUUCAUCACUGAGGAACCACCACAAGACAUGGAUGAAAAGAUCCGCUACAAGUACCCCAACUUAUCUUGUGAGUUACUGACCUCAGAUGUGUCACAGAUCAAUGACAGACUUGGUGAAGACGAGUCUUUACUAAAAAGACUUUAUAGUUUUCUUCUAAAUGAUUCUCCAUUGAAUCCAUUGCUCGCCAGCUUCUUCAGCAAAGUUUUAAGCAUUUUAAUUAGCAGGAAACCCGAACAGAUUGUAGCCUUUUUAAAGAAGAAAGAUGAUUUUGUUGACUUGAUCAUAAAACAUAUAGGAACCUCUGCUAUUAUGGAUUUGCUGCUAAGACUUCUCACAUGUAUUGAGCCACCACAACUAAGGCAAGAUGUCCUAAAUUGGCUAAAUGAAGAGAAGAUAAUUCAGAGGCUUGUAGAGUUAGUUCACCCCACUCAGGAUGAAGAUAGACAUUCAAAUGCAUCACAGUCCCUUUGUGAGAUCAUACGUUUGAGUAGAGAUCAGAUGUUACAAGUCCAGAACAGCCCGGAACCAGACCCUCUUCUGGCUACACUAGAAAAGCAAGAAAUAUUAGAACAGCUAUUGUCAAAUAUAUUUUUAAAAGAGAAGAAUGAGUCCGCUAUCGUCAGUGCAAUCCAAAUACUGCUUACUCUGCUAGAAACUAGACGGCCAGCAUUUGAAGGACACAUAGAUCUUUGCCCUCCAGGCCUCAACCAUUCUGCCUUUUCAGUUAACAGAACAGUUUUGACUGCCAUUCAGGAAAAACUUUCAUCCUUUCACCAGCUACUCCUGGACCCUCCAAAAACAGAUGUCAUGAAGACUACAUGGGGAGUAUUAGACCCUCCUGUUGGAAAUACUCGGUUACAUGUGAUCAGACUUGUAGCCAGUCUACUACAGACUAAUACACGAAGCAUCAAUAUGGAGUUUAUUGAACUGAACACACUAGGUGUUAUUUUGGAUAUGUUUUUCAAAUACACAUGGAACAAUUUUCUUCACACACAAGUGGAAAUCUGCAUUGCUUUGAUUCUUGCUAGUCCUGGUGAGAAUACAGACAGCACAAUCAGUGAGCAGAAUGCUGCAGGAGACCACAUCUUAUUAAAACAUCUUUUUUUAAAAUGCCACUUAAUAGACAGAAUACUUGAAGCAUGGUCCUUGAAUGAAAAGAGACAGUCAGAAGGAGGACAGCGGUACGGAUACAUGGGACACUUGACAAGAAUCGCAAAUUGUAUAGUCCACAGCAUUGAAAAGGGGCCAAACAGUACAUUAGCACAACAACUUAUUAAAGAACUGCCAACUGAAGCUCAGGAAAAAUGGGAGACUUUCUGUACAAGCUCCUUAGGAGAAACAAACAAGAGGAACACUGUAGACCUAGUAACAACGCGGCACAUCCACUCCUCUAGUGAUGAUGAAAUAGAGUUUAAGGAUCCAGGAUUCUCACAAGAUUCUUCCAUACAGCAGGCCUUUUCUGAUUAUCAGAUGCAACAAAUGACGUCCAAUUUUAUUGACCAGUUUGGCUUCAAUGAUGAGAAGUUCGCUGACCAAGAUGACAUUGGGAAUGUUUCAUUUGACCGUGUCUCGGACAUAAACUUCUCUCUCAAUGCAAAUGAAAGCGCAAACAUAGCUUUGUUUGAAGCCUGCUGCAAGGAAAGAAUACAGCAGUUUGAUGAUGGAGGAUCUGAUGAGGAAGAUAUCUGGGAGGAGAAAAACCUUGCCUUCACACAGGACACACAAAGAAGAUCCAGCUCAGGAAGCACAGACAGUGAAGAGAGCACAGAUUCUGAGGAGGAAGACUCCAUUAAACAGGGAUUAUUUGAAUCUAGCACAGUCAACCAGGAGGACAAGAUGGAGGUGGAUGCCAAUGAAGCGAGUAAUUGGCCGGCAAACUUUGAUAUCCCAAUGGAAACUGCACAUGUAGCUGGUCUGGAUUCCGUGGGAUCUGAUGUAUGGAGCACAGAAGAGCCAUUGUCGGCUAAAGAAACUGGUUGGGCCUCGUUUACAGACUUUACUUCAUCUAUUGGAGCAAAGGACACUGCAAGAAGUAAUUCACCUGUGGAAAUGGAAACGAGUACAGAGCCAAUGGAUCCUUUAAGUGUUAAUGCAUCUGCACAAACUGAAAUUACUGUUGCAAUGGAUGCUAGCUCUGAUGGUGAAGAGGAAGUUGAGAAUGCUGAUCAGAUGACAGAAACUGUGAUGAAUGGCAGUAUGAAGGAAACCCUCAGCCUUACUGUUGAUGCAAAAACGGAGACUGCAGUCUUUAAAAGAGUGUUGAAAUCCUAUUGUGAGGAAGGGAAAUUGUCUACCUCUAAUGACUCGGCUUGUAAAUAUGUUGUGGAGAACGCUGAUUCCACUAUGGAAAAUCCUCCAGCUUCACAGCCAAACAGUAGCAGUCAAGAACAGAAAACAUCUGAACAAAUUGUAUUGGAUGGGGUGUCCAGCAAUGGCCCAGUAUGAUGUGUGAUUCCUACUGUUUAGCUGAAGAUUGCAGGACUGCUACCCUUUGGGAUUUCAAGUGGAGUUACUUGAGGAUUUCGUCAGAAGCCUGUCGACGCUAGUCACUGCUGCACUAACUUUGCAAGGGAUCAGGACCAGCAACUUUUAUUUUUUUUUUCUCCGAUUUUAAGGUGUUGCACAGACUUGAAAGUGUAAAAAAAUUGCACAUUGAGAAAUAAGACUUUUGUGUAUGUUUAUAUUGUAUUGUAUUCUAAACAAAACUGGUGCCCUAUGACAUAAGAACUCACCACUUCAGUAACAGUGAUACUAUGGUUAAAAUGGUUGUAAAAAUAGUUUUUAUAAAGUGUAUACACACAGAUCUAAUGUAUUUGAAAGCAUAACUAUUUGACAAUUAGUGUGACCAAAGUAUUUACCAAUUCAUACAUUUUUUUCCCACUUUGUACAAUAGUCACUUUUUUUUUUCCUUUUUCAAAUACAAUUAUUCUUUGAUAAAAAAAAGAAAGAAAAAAAAAACUUCCUGUAAAUGUUCACAUUGUAUUUAGGUUACCAAAAGUGAUUCAAACAUUGAUAUUUUUUGCUUGUGUUCCCUCUUUCCUUUUUUUUUUUUUUUUUUUUUUUUUGCAGCAAGUUUAUCGGAUAUCCUUUCUUGCUGUAUUUUUUUUUCCAAUUCAAAUGAAAUGUCUAUUAGUAGAGAUUUAAGUAUUUAUUACUACAGUUCUGACAGAUUGUUAAUUUAAAGCCAUAUGCGCUGUGGUCUUGUUUUGCAGCAGGUAGAAAAAAAUCUUCAUACUGAGAAUUUUUCACCUGAGAAUUUUUACCCAUUUUACCUUAUUUAUAUGCACACUUAAGUUUUUUUAUUUUUUUUAUGUGAAAUAAAAUGCUAGUCCUGUUCUGUGGAAAAUGGACAAGCAUUUUAUUAUAAAUUUUAAUUAUACAGAUCAAAUUUUAAAUUUGCAUGUCAUCUGUCUGUGCUGAUCUGUGAAUUAUUUUUAUAUACAAGUUCCAGAAACAGGUUUUUGUUUUCCUCCCCUUCUUGUCUUAAACUGGUUUGUACAUAGGUAGUGAUUACAAAAGCUAAUUCUAUGUAAUUUAUAAUGUUUCUAUAUUCCUGUAAACUCCAGUCCGUCUUACAGCAGGAAAAACAAAAGCAAUGUUAAGUUGCCAGUCUGAUACAAGGGUUGUUCGCCUCUUACACACCUUUUGUAGAUGUAAAUCUGUCUGAUUUCAUGAAUAGAUUCUUAUGGGUUGUGAGACUUCUCAUAGAUAGCUAUUUUAAAGAAAAAUUUAACUCUAGACUGAGGCCAACAAUUUUUAGGCGUAGUCUCCCAUGCAACGUGCCUAAGCAUUACAUUGCAUACUACAAUAAAAAGGAAAUUAUGCGCAACGUUUCCUUUUACCUCAUUUAAGAUGUAUUUGGGUUGCAUGCUUAUGAAUUUGCCUUUUUUUUUUUUUUUUUUUU